ACCACAUAAUUCGAAUAUUUAUUGGAGAAAAUCUAACGUUCUCGUGUUGUUUAAAUAUUCUCAUCAUAUAUGUUAUGUGAAUACGAGAAUUAGGGUAUAUGACGAUUAUCAUAUUUUAUUUUGAAAAGUGUAUACAAAAUAUCUAUAUUUAUGUUUCUAAAUUGAAAAUUUUUUGUUCUUAGCAAUAUGUUUCAUCACAACAAUAUUCUAACAAAUAUCGCUAUAAAAUAAAAAAGGAUGUAAUUAAGGACUGCGUGUCGAAUUUCGAUUCCCCUCAUCUAUAUAUUAUCUGCUCCGAAUCUCGUCUCACACAAUUUUGUUUUUCGGAUGAAUCGUAAUAACUUUAUAGUACAUAAUCCAUCUCAGCACUCCUACACACUGAGCAUCAUUAGCUUUUAAGUUCAUACAAUAACUUUUUCAUUCCAUCCAAAACAUGUGUUAUCAGUUGAAAUUAAAUUAUUUAUUAUUAUAUAUUAUCCAUAGAUGUCUCCUGUACUUUGCCGAUAUAGAAUCAGUCUAAAUUAUCACCGAAUCGAUACAGAAAUUUUAAAAUUUGUAAAAUAAUAUUGGUAAAAAUAAUUCGUUUCAAAACCGUAAAUAAAUCAGCGGGCUGUAUAAGGCUUUUUGAUAGAAUUCAAACCCCUACUACUCUAGCUCCUGGACCUCGAUCAUAGGCCCCACCAGCCUUACGUACCUCCCAUAUUUGUCUUGCGCGUGGACGAUAAAGUCAAAGUCAUCAUCAUCCAAGUUCACAUAACCUUUUUGUUCAUUCUCCCGACGUCUGGUCCUCAAUUUUUACUCUUUUUUUUUUCAACUUUUACGUAAGAAAUAGUUUUACGAUCUUCCUCUACUUUCUUUUGCGCUGUCGUCUUUCGUCGCUCUAUAUAUAUCCCCAUCUUCCACUUCGGUUGCUUAAAUUCAAUUCCUUUCGUCACCUUUCAAGUCCCGAGCUAUUCCUCUGUUUCUUUCUUCUUUCCAAUAUUCUCCUCCCUCCCUCCCUCGUAUCAAUCUAUAUCAUUAAUCAAAGGACCGCCGGAGAAUCAGUAAAUUAACCAAAGGUAUAAUAUUGAUCGCCGACCAUGGCCGGAGCAAGCGGGGGAAGAUCAUUGGAGGAAACGCCGACAUGGGCAGUCGCCGCCGUUUGCUUCGUGCUGGUCCUCAUCUCCAUCAUCAUAGAGCACAUCAUCCAUCUCAUCGGAAAGUGGUUGAAGAAGAAGCGAAAGCGAGCGGUACACGAAGCACUGGAGAAAGUGAAAUCAGAGCUGAUGCUGCUGGGAUUCAUAUCGUUGCUUCUAACGGUGGGACAAGGCCCGAUUUCACGAAUAUGUAUAUCGAAGAAGCUGGGAGCGACUUGGCACCCAUGUGGCAAGAAUAGGCAGGUCGAUGAUGAGUCAUCGACUGACGGAGACAGCCGCCGCCGGCUCCUGUCAAUGGCCGCCGAUCAUUACUUCAACUCUCCCGGUGGAAAGAUCGUGAGGCGGGUCCUGGCCGGCGGUACCGAAGACAAAUGUGCGGCCAAGGGUCAAGUGCCAUUUGUGUCGUCGGAUGGGAUUCACCAGCUGCACAUUUUCAUAUUCGUGCUCGCCAUUUUCCACGUUCUUUACUGUGUCCUCACUAUGGCCCUCGGCCGAGCUAAGAUGAGGAGCUGGAAGGCCUGGGAGAAGGAAACAAGAACUGCCGAGUAUCAAUACUCCCACGAUCCAGAGAGAUUUCGGUUUGCAAGGGAAACUUCGUUUGGGAGGCGGCAUAUGAGCUUCUGGACCACCACGCCGGUUCUCAUUUGGAUUGUGAGCUUUUUCAGGCAGUUUGUGAGAUCCGUUCCUAAGGUCGACUACAUGACAUUGAGGCAUGGCUUUAUCUUGGCACAUUUGGCACCUCAAAGCCAAACCAGUUUCGACUUCCAAAAGUACAUCAAUCGAUCUUUGGAAGAAGAUUUCAAAGUCGUCGUUGGAAUAAGUCCACCGAUAUGGUUCUUCGCGGUGCUCUUCCUUCUCUUCAACACCCACGGGUGGUAUUCUUACUUGUGGCUACCCUUCAUCCCUUUGAUCAUUAUCCUGCUGGUGGGGACGAAGCUACAGGUGAUCAUAACCAAGAUGGGCCUGAGGAUCCAAGAACGAGGGGAAGUGGUCAAAGGCGUCCCCGUGGUCCAACCGGGCGAUCACCUAUUCUGGUUCAACCGCCCUCGCCUCCUCCUCUAUCUAAUCAAUUUCGUUCUCUUCCAAAACGCCUUCCAGCUCGCUUUCUUUGCAUGGGCCUGGAAAGAGUACGGGUUGAAAUCCUGCUUCCACGAGCAUUUGGAGGACAUUAUCAUAAGAAUUACCAUGGGAGUGCUCAUACAAAUAUUAUGUAGCUACGUCACUCUUCCUCUCUACGCCCUCGUCACUCAGAUGGGGUCGACGAUGAAGCCGACGGUAUUCAACGAGAGCGUGGCGACGGCGCUGCGGAAGUGGCACCACACGGCCAAAAAGAACGUCAAGCAGAGCAAAGCCAGCGGCGUCUCUUCCACCGGCACGCCGGCGUCGAGCCGCCCCACCACGCCUUCCCACCACCAACACCUCUCCCCGAUCCACCUCCUCCGCAACCACCGCGCCUCCGAGUUCUCGGCCGCCGACAGCCUCCAGAGCUCUCCCCGGCGGUCCAAUUUCUACUGGUACGGCGACUCCCCGUCGCCGACCGAGCACCAGCACUACGGCGCCAACGCCAAUUACUACCUCGAGGAAGGCUCGCCGUCGCAAGAUCGCCGCGAAUUGCAGUUACAGACACGGAAUCAGAACAACGGCGCAGCCGAACCCGCAGCGCCGUAUUACGUGGAGCAUUUCGACGGCCAGGAAGAAUAUUUAGGAAUAGAAAGACAAGGGGGAGAGGGAUAUCCCGGUCGGAUUCAAGGGGUUCCGGCGGAUCCGCAACCGGAUCGGACGCAGCACGAGAUCGAUAUAGUUGGGAAGGAAUUUUCGUUCGAUCGGAGAACCGGUAUAUGAAUUUGAGAGGAGAAAAGAGAUGGCUAGGGAUUUGGAAGUUCGAUUCAUGAUAAUUAAUUUAGGGAUGGAUGACCCGACCCGACCCGACCCGCCCGCUCAUGAGAUAUGGUAAAGUGGCAGAGGCGGAGAUAUGGUUUCAUUAUUUUUGUAUUUUGUGUAAAUAUUUUUUUGUUUCCGACAUUUUUCUUCUGUUUUUUGAUGAAUUUAAAACGAUAGACAGAAAAACAAGUGAACAAUUUGCACUUUGUGCUUGGUUGUUCAAUUUUCCUUUCUUACGAACUAAAGAAGCUGUUUAUUUAAACUUUGAAUUAGAACAAAAGAUUGUUAAAUUAAGUUAUUACUCUAUUGAGGCAAGGAUUAUUUUCUAUUGGAAACGUGUAAAUUUGCAUAGUUCCGACUAUAUUUUCUAAUUGCAAAGCGUUGGUUGAGAUAUUGAAAGCGAACUUGAACCUGUAGCCAUGACGUUGUUACACUAUCCUCUCUUCCAUAGUCUAGAUCCUUCAAAGAUCAGUCUAGAUUCGUGUUUCUUUCACCGAUCCUAAAUGAUUUUAUUACGGAUUUGUUUGUUUGAUGGAUUUUGUCAAGGAUUUGAUGAUGAAUAUGGAUCCAAAACGGAUUUGGUACAAAAUCCAUUGUUUGAUUCAAAUAUUUAGAGGUAACAAAUCGUGGGACCCAUUGACUUUGAGAGACCAAAUUCGUGGGCCACACGGACUUGAAAAUUCCACCUCUUUAAGUAGGAAUUGAUUGUGGACUUUGAAGUCUAUCAUUUUUUGCCAACCUACCCCUCAUGCUUUCUUUCUCUUCUUAUAUCAUUGAGGACAGUAAAACUAAGUUUAACUU